CCUGCUCGGCGAGUGCCUCGGCCCGCUCCGCCUGCCGAGCCCACGCCGCGUGCCAGCUGCCCGCGUCGUUCUCGCGGAUCUCGCCCACCGCCUCGAGGAACUCGGCCACGUCGGCGCCCCCGUACCGCGCCGUGCCGAGGAUGCGCACCGCCUCGAAGUUAAAGAACGCGCCCGAGUAGAACUUGUGCAUGGCUGUGGUAUGUUGUGUGUUGUGUGCCGUAUGUUGUAUGUUGUAUGUUGUGUGUCGUAUGUUGUAUGUUUUAUGUUGUAUGUUGUGUCGUAUGUAUGUACUUGAAUAGUGCGGUAGAUUUGUGCUUGUGCAAUAUGAUGCAAUGUAAGAAUGAUAUGCUGUUGACGUGGACGUUCUCGACAUGCACAAGCGUGGCCGUGGCUUGGGGCGCCUGGCUUUAUGUCACGUUGUGACGAAUUAAGAAGAGCCGAGGACUAGAUGAAGGUAUUCU